GGGGGUUUUCUUUUCCGGUCAUAAUCGUGCUCUCUGUUGCCAGAACUCUUGUCCACUCUCGGGGGACCCACUGUGCUCCAGUUUACCGCUCAGCUCAUUCAUGGUUUCGGAUCGUUUGUCCUCGUCGUAUCUUGUGGAUGCGGUGGUGAGCGAGCGAUAGUACCUCGGCGGUGUGUUCGCUUUUUUGAGUUUAGUUAGCAUCGAGAGCUCGCGUCGAGUGGUCGUCCGUCGUAGAGUUACCGUGCGUUUCCACUCUUUCGGAUCGGGGGUCUUGUAUAAUAGUGCGCGCACGCUGCUGUUGUGUCUGCAGAUCAUUCUAUGGGUUCUAAAAGACUCACUAGGCGGAGUACAUAUUGCUGCAGAAUACAGCUGGGGUUCGCAUUUGGGGCUGUACGAUUGUAGCCGCGCACCGUGGAAUUCAUGCCUGGCUAUCGACGAUUUUGUUUUUUUCGGCGGUGGGGAAUUCAGAAUUCACAAGUGUAUGGAAAUUAAAUUAGGCCCCAAAAUAAUACAUAAUGUAGCUCGUUGUCGUUGACUGUAAUGUAGCUCUGUCGCUCUAAUUGGAUUCGAACCGUUGAGUCUAUUCUGUGUGAAAGUGAAACCGAAUCAAAACAAAAUUGAUCUGCAGAUUAUAGGUGCGCUAUAAUACUCACCGUUGGUUGGCAGAAAGUCGUGGGAAACAUCGUAAAACUUACGAAUGAUGGAAGUGUACUGAAAGCUAGUGGAUUGAAUAGUACAGUAUAAGAUGUUUUGCGUUACCGGCAUCGAUCGUCGCCGUGAAUAGCGUCUUGGAUUUACGUUUGACCUUGUGAUGCUGAUAAAAAUAUACAAAAAUUGUCAACGACAAAAUAUAUCUGUGCGGAGUGGAAAGUAUUGAACGCAGAGUAGGUACCACAGCGAGGAAAGAAAUUUAAAGUGUUGAUCGUACGCUUCACGUAGGAGUGGUAUUGUGAGGCCAGAUUUAAUCCAAGAGGGUGAUGAUGGGGAUAAGUGGCAGUGAAGAAGCUUGUGUCUUCUACAAUUAAUAAAAAAAAAUGUUUGCAUUGGUGCUGGCAUGAGAGGAAGAUUUUUUUUUACGAAAAAAUGCGAAAGUAAAACUGACUAUUACCUUGAAAAGUGAUUGUGGUGUACUUGCUGUGCUCAAGUAAAGUAAAAAUCGAUGCGAGAUUUUAAGCGUGCAAUCAGUAUCGAUCUGGGAUAUUAGCGAUUAAUGAUAUAAUAAGCGUAGAUCUAUUCAAAUUAAACCAAUUCAAAAUGAAGCCACCGUUGUUGCGACGGACGACGCUCUGCACGUCUAUACUGCUAGUAUCGCUAGCGAUUAGCCAAGUACACUCAUAUCUGCCGGAAAUGACAAGUCUGACAUCGGAGCAAGUCGAGUACGAGUGUUUCCCGACACACAUGAAAGAGAAUCAGCUGCCUCGGUUUGCCUCUCGCAACCAAAACGACUCGAUAGCGAUCCAAGUCAGUCGGCGUUACACCCACCAGAUCAUCUCGCGCAUCUAUGGCAUCUUUCUGCGGGAGAUCCUCGGCUACCGCAACGUGAAACUGGUUGACCUGUACGAGCGAAUGCACGACAUCGAACGGGAACGGCUGUUUGUCACGCUGGAAAACCUUGUCUCAGAUGGCAUCAAUUGGCCGGAACCGACCAUCGACUUGGAAGUGUGGAUGCUGUCCGACUAUCACAUCAUUCCGCCGGAAAUUGAAGAAGCCGGCUCGAUAACGCACCCGGGACGAUUCGGCCUGUUUAUUCCGAAGCCGUUGAUCCGGAAGGAGGAUGUGUUUCCGAAGCUGUACCCAUACACUAUGUUUCAGGAAGAUCUGAACAACCCCAAAUAUUACGAAUUGAUCAAAAAAUUUGAUGUUUCGGAUGGAGUGCUGGAAGUGCUGAAGAGUUGGGCUGAGAGGAGUUGUAAAAAUGAAAAUAAAUGCAACCGGGAUGGGAUGUACAUACCGGAACAGUGUAAGGAUGGCAGGAAAUGUGCUCUAGUGCUGGCGCCUCAUUAUGAGGAUACCAAAUUCAUUAUCAAACAUAUCGAGGAGUUAAAGUUUCAGCUGAAGGUCAUCUGGUUGGGAGGGAAAAUUAAGCUUGGCAUUAAACAUCUGAUGAGCGUGUACGGUACCGAUAGGAAGAGUUCAAAAAAGUUCCUCGUGUUACAUUGGACUCCGUCGGAGGUAAUCGAUAGCAAAACGAUGGAAUAUGUCCCGGUGACAAUGCCGCGAUGCGAAGACAUCAUCGUUAGUAACAACACCGGCUGCAAGUACGAGCUAACGCCACUGCUUAAAUACCAUGCCCACGAAUUUGAGUCGUCGCAGCACGCACUUCAGUCGCUACUCAGAGUGUAUUUCGACACGUCUGGCAUACAGGCGCUAAUCGAUUUGUAUGACAAGUACGAACCGCAGAUUCUGCGGGCACGCGACGAGACUAAUUUGGAAUAUGACGAACAUGCUGUGUCGAGGUACUACAACCAGAUAGCUUGUGAAUGGUUGAAAACCAACGAACCGGCCUGGCACAAGUGGAAACCCAAAGGGGAGGAGAAGGAGGAGAUUUACAUUGGCGGAAUAUUCCCUCUGUCGGGACUGGGGCGAGCGUAUUUGGGAAUAAUGCCCGCGGCAAUUAUGGCUCAGCAAGCGAUUAAUAGCAACGGCACCAUCCUUCCCAACCACAAACUAAUCAUACUAAAGAGCGAUGGUCAAUGUCGUGCGGACAAAGUUAUGAAAAAUUUCAUCAAUUACUACAUAAUGCAAGAGCGAAUGAUUGGCGUCCUGGGACCGGCUUGUAGCGAUACGGUUGAACCGAUUGCAGGCGUGUCCAAGCAUUUCCGAAUGGCUGUGAUAUCCUACUCGGCUGAGGGUGCGUUCCUGUCUGAUCGGGAUACGUAUCCGUACUUUUUCCGAACGAUUGGUGAGAACCGUCAAUACGAGCACGUGUACGUUCGGUUGCUACAUCAGCUUAACUGGAACCGGGUGGCAGCUCUGACCGAGGAUGGUCAAAAGUCCACCGAAUACAUUUCUCACAUGGAGUCGAUGCUGAAGGAGAACCACAUCGAGCUGAUUUCGAAUAAGAAAUUUCCUCGAGAUCGAGGAGAUACUGAAAUGCAUCAGUAUCUUCUGGACCUGAAAACGAAAAAUGCACGAAUCAUCAUCGCCGACGUCGAUGACAAAGUGGCCCAAGUCAUCAUGUGCGAAGCUUACAGACUCGAGAUGACGGCAGAAAACGGAUACGUCUGGUUCCUACCGGUAUGGCUCACAAACCUGUGGAACCUCAGCAACGACAGCCCGAUCCGUUCGAUGGUACGCUGCACCCGGCAGGAAAUGCUCAAGGCCAUCAACGGUCACUUCUCGUUGGCGCAUGCUCCCUUUGCCGACAGCCACCGGACGCUGGAUACGAUCGAGGGCACCGUCGGCAAGUGGAGAUCCGACUAUCGGGACACGCUGCGUAAGCACAGCUACAUGGAGUCGGAUUACGCGGGUUAUGCUUACGAUGCGGUGUGGGUUUAUGCGCUGGCGUUGGACCGAUUGAUACGGGAAGAUCCUUCCUAUUUGAGCGAUCUGCAUUCGAUAAAAACCACCAAACGGCUGAUGGAGGUGAUCCGGGCGACCGACUUCCAGGGCGUUUCCGGACGGAUUAGGUUCGGUGAGGAGGGAUCGCGGUACACGAUCAUCAAUGUGCUACAGUGGAUCAACGGGACGCCGAACAUUGUGGGGCAGUUUACUCCGAACAUUUCGGAAAGCAAGUACCAGUUGCUGGGAGGUUCGCUGGCUUUGAACCAAUCGGCGAUCGUUUGGAUGACGAAGGAUGGCAGAAUUCCGGAAGAUGGAGCACUGGAUUGUUCGCUGCGUGGAUUGGCAAGGUUUUUCGGAAUGGGCUGCGACGGUACCGUGUACGUUCUUGUGGGAUUCUUGUGCGUUCUGACGAUCGCAGUCAUUUCUCUGGCUUCGUUCUGCUAUUUCCAAGUUCGAUACGAUCGUAAGAUGAAACACUCGGCGAAGUAUUUGCAAAAGUUCGGUAUUGAUUUGUUGUCACCGUCUUCGAUUCCGGUGAACACGUUGGAUAAGUGGGAGGUUCCCAAGGAUCGAGUUGUGAUCAAUCGAAGGCUUGGCGAGGGUGCUUUUGGAACUGUGUAUGGAGGAGAAGCGCAAAUCGGCGAAGAAGGUUGGACCGCUGUGGCUGUGAAGACCUUGAAAAUCGGGUCGACUACGGAAGAUAAGGUAGAUUUCCUUUCUGAAGCGGAAGCAAUGAAACGAUUUGAUCAUAAUAAUAUUGUCAAGCUGCUGGGAGUAUGUCUACAGACAGAGCCAGUGUAUACGAUCAUGGAGUUCAUGUUGUAUGGUGAUCUUAAAACGUAUCUACUUGCUCGACGACAUUUGGUCAAUAGUAAGCAAUCUGAGGAUUCGGAUAUAUCACCGAAACGGUUGACAAUGAUGGCUUUGGAUGUUUCACGUGCUUUGUCGUAUCUUGCUGAACAGAAGUAUGUGCAUCGGGACUUGGCGUGUCGUAAUUGCAUGGUGAACGCACAAAGAGUAGUUAAGCUGGGUGAUUUUGGAAUGGCGCGACCAACGUUUGAAAACGAUUACUAUCGAUUCAAUCGAAAAGGUAUGCUACCAGUGCGGUGGAUGGCACCCGAAUCACUCGCAUUAGGGAUAUUCACACCGGCAUCGGACGUUUGGUCGUACGGAGUGUUGCUUUAUGAAAUUAUCUCAUUCGGAUCGUUUCCUUAUCAGGGAAUGACAAAUAACCAAGUCCUGGAUCAUGUUAAAGAAGGUAACUGUCUGACAAUCCCCUCCAGCGUUAAACCGCAGUUGGAGGGCCUCAUGAAAGCUUGUUGGAACCAAGAUUACAAAAAGCGACCAAGUGCUUCAGAAGUUUCGGAGUUUAUAGCAAAUUACCCAAGACUCUUGUGCCCAUGUCUAGAUGUUCCAUUGGCUUCGGUACAGAUGGCGGAAACUGAUAGCGACCAAUUUGAACUUUUGCCAGGACUGCGGCGGCGUAAAGAUGAACCUACUGCAGAUUUAUUGCUGGGAACAUCGCAAAUAAAUGAUCUUAAUCAAACGACAACCGGUUACACAAAAAUGAACAUGCGAAGAGGAAUCAAUCUCAACGAUCUGAAUGUUGAUACCGAUUUCCGAAGAAAUACUCUCCCCAAUACCGAAACCAGUACCACUACUACCAAUGGAGGUGUAGCCCUGAACGUGUAUAAUCCUGUAGAGCCUCUGUUGCAACGCCCGCUGGAAGUAGCCCGAAGCAGUAGUAACAUACUCCGAUACGUACCAAUGUUCGGACUUGGCCGAAACAAAGCCCCCGUUUUGAUAACACACGACAAUGGAUCUGUCACAAUCGGCACCAGAAGCACCAGCACCAGUGUGUUAUAGCAUAGAGAAAUAGUGGAGACCACUGCCGGGAUGCCACCAAUCCACAAACCAAAGGAAUCUCCAGAGGAGUCUGAUGCGAAGUAAUGCCUAUAUACGAAUAAUGGGCUCGCACAGAUCGCACAGCGAUGUUAGUUUCUAUGUUGGGGAUAUUUUCAGGAUUUUAUUAGGAAACUAUUGAAUUGUUUUUUAUUUCUAAGAAUAAAAAUGAAUUCUAGCUAUCGAAAAUCCUUUGUACAGAAUAACACAAAUCGAACACUGCAGUACAAAAACAUGCCGUCCGAGAGGUUUGGAAAAUCGUGGAACAACGGACAGUGCAUAUUACUAAAAGUAUUUCUCACACCUCUAAAAAUGCAGCACUGCUUGUAUGACGCCACGAAUUUCCAAACUCUGCAUGCCAAAAUAGAAGAUUAGCAGUUAAAACUGAAGCCAAAUAGUGCAUAUAUGUUGAAACAAAAGCGCAUUCAAAUUCUUCAAUCAAAAUUAAUAAUAUUCUAACUAAAAAAGACAUUUCAUCUCUAUUACACUAGUUAUAAUUACGCCCAGAAACGUAAAACGAUCUGAUGAAAACGAGAUUAUAAAUACCUGUUUGACAGAAUAAAUCUAAUGUUGACCUUUAUCAGUAGGAAGAAUCCUCAAAACUAGUCGGCUACAGCCAGCGUAGCAGUUUGUAGAUCGCUCUCAAGCAUAACUCAUAGGUAACAUGUAGGUACCCAUAAUAACCAGUAAGACAACAAAUCGAGAAACUAUCAAGUUAACCAAUUAGCUAAUUAGCUUACAAACAACCGCACCAAUAUGAUCGAUAACUUAAAAAACAAGAAAUACCUCAAACGCAGCAGGAAACAGAUGACUUUUACGGAAUUUUACACACAACAACUAAGCCUCUAUGAAGCAUUUUUUCUUCUGCACGAUCAAACAAUAAAUGAUAAAUCUAAGACCAACGCAAGACUGAUUACCACCUAAGCCAGCAGCAGGCGCCACAAAAUUAUGCGUGUCAAAUGACACGCAAAAACAAUCCGGUUCUGAUAUGUUACGCGGAAUAGGUAUAUAUCAGCUAAUCAACGUUGUCAGCUCUCAGGAUUGUGCGACAUAAUAGAUCCGGAGAGCCAUUGCGGACCUGCCUUUAGAUGUUGACCUUUAUCCCACAUUUUCACAUACUUCGUCAUUGUUGUUCAUUUUUCACCCUAAGACAUUUUUGUUCUAUCUUUAGAUUUGCAACUUAUCAAUCAACUUGUUAUCCACGAUAUCUACUUGUCAAUAAAACUAUCCCCACAAUACCUUUAGCAUAUUGAUAAUAGAUUGUAGUUAUGAAAAUUAGGCAGCACGUGUGGUAACUGGUAAAUAUCGACCACAUUACCUAGUUACACAUUAAAUGAUACUACUCGAGAACCGUUUUACAAUGUAUAACAACAUAAUCGCACUUUUGCCAAUUAAAUUGCAAUAAAUUUAAUUGCAAAGUUAAGUGUGUAAUGAGUGAAGAAAACACAACCAAGUAUUCUGAAAGGCUUAUUAAGAACUUGUGAUACAGUUCGACAAAUUUUCCAAUAAAAAUCUGUAUGAUUACUGCUUUUUGGAGAAGUCAAUCGAAAAAAAAAUCAAGCAUUGCUGUUGGGAAAAAACUUUUUAGAAAUUUCCUCGGGAGAUGUAUUUUGAACAACGAAUUGAUAAAUUAUUUGUUUCAAACGAUACAUUGUGCGAUUCUUGUUGUUAUAUGGUUGUUGAUUACAGAAUUAUUAAUAGUGUAUUUCCGUUGACAGAGAAUAAACGUUUUGUGGUUUCCGCAAGUGUCAAGCACCGAAAAUUCAAGUAGCAAAGAGCCUAUAUAUUACUAUCUAUUGUUUAGGGGUAAGUUAAAAUACAAGUUGACAAAGAAUAAUAUUGAUCUAUUGAAAUUAGAUCUACAUAUUUGCUCAUCACUUUGAUGGUGUACCACCUGGGUUGAUCACGAAACGCUCAUAUUUCUCUGCAAACAGAAUGAACUACCCAAUAAUACCUACAAUAUCCCAGGGAAGGUGUGGUUUCAUAUUUUAAUUCUUUAUUAACUUCUACGUGAGUAAUGCAUGCAUAACAGUGAGCCUCAACCAGCAAUCAGAUAUAGAUAGACUAUAGAUUUUCCUAUACACAUAGCGAAAUGUAUUAAAAUCCAUCUAGGUAUCUGGGAACAGGAUGGAAUUAUGGAAAGCAUUUUAAAGUAGUAUGACCGUUAGGAUGAUGGAAUAUUCAUUUACAUAGAAUAAUCUCACUAUUUAAUUUAUAUCGUAGAAAUUUAGGCAAUUUGUAUCAAACCGUUUGUAUGCAGUUAAAAAGUAAUGUACACGAUUAUAAAUAUCAGAGUUGAAUUUGCUGAA